UUGGCUUAUAAUUUUAUUUAAGUACCUAUGAGAUUUAGCAUGUCUUAAAUUACAUUUAUAAACAGAGCAAGGCUUUCAACUCCAUUGCAGGAAUCUUACGUACACAGAUUCAAUUGCAAAAUGGAAGUCCUCCGUUUCGUCCCUGCGCAGUCGCCUCUCCGCCGCUCCACAUUUUCCGGCAGCGAGACAGUUCCGAGAUCUUUUGCAGUUGCGGUGUUCAGUCUGCCAUCGCCGAUUUUGUCCAACGCCACACCGCUGCCGGAGGAGGUGGUUCCGCCGAGCUCGCUGCAGUGCGAGAGCGGAUAUCUGCUGCCAAAUAGGUACAGUGGCAACUCUGCUGGUGGAGAUGGCACGCUGAAUGCAAUGGAAUAUCUGACGAGUAUUCUGUCGUCGAAGGUGUAUGACGUGGCCUAUGAGUCGCCAUUGCAGCUGGCGUCCAAGCUGUCUGAUAGGUUGGGUGCCAACCUAUGGCUCAAACGAGAGGAUUUUCAGCCUGUAUUUUCAUUCAAGAUUCGUGGGGCUUACAAUAUGAUGGCAAAUCUUUCAAAGGAACAACUUGAAAGAGGAGUGAUAUGUUCGUCAGCCGGAAAUCAUGCACAGGGCGUAGCAUUAGCUGCCCAAAAAUUGGGAUGUAAUGCUGUGAUUGUAAUGCCUGUUACUACUCCAGAAAUAAAGUGGAGAUCGGUUGAAAGACUAGGGGCGACUGUAGUGAUUGUGGGCGAUUCAUAUGAUGAAGCACAAGCUUUCGCAAAAAAGCAGGCCGAAGAGGACGGUCGCACAUUUGUUCCUCCCUUUGAUCACCCUGAUGUGAUCACAGGGCAGGGAACAGUAGGCAUGGAAAUUGUGCGACAGAUGAAAGGACCCAUAGAGGCAAUAUUUGUACCGGUUGGUGGUGGUGGACUUAUAGCUGGCAUUGCUGCCUAUGUAAAAAGGGUCUCUCCCGAAGUCAAAAUUAUUGGAGUUGAACCUUUUGAUGCCAAUGCAAUGGCGUUAUCGUUGCACCAUGGCCGGAGAGUAGUGUUGGAUCAUGUGGGAGGCUUCGCUGACGGUGUAGCAGUCAAGGCAGUCGGUGAGGAGACUUUUCGUCUUUGCAAGGAACUGGUAGAUGGAAUAGUUCUUGUUAGCCGUGAUGCUAUUUGUGCAUCAAUAAAGGACAUGUUUGAGGAGAAAAGGAGUAUUUUAGAACCUGCAGGUGCCCUUUCCCUGGCUGGAGCUGAGGCUUAUUGCAAGUACUAUGGACUCAAGGGUGCUAAUGUAGUAGCUGUGACAAGUGGUGCUAACAUGAAUUUUAAUAGACUGAGAGUCGUAACUGAGCUAGCAGAUGUCGGUAGACACCGUGAAGCUGUAUUGGCAACUUACAUGCCAGAGGAGCCAGGAAGCUUUAAGCGGCUUUGUGAGCUUGUCGGACUUAUGAAUAUCACUGAACUCAAAUACAGAUUCAAUCCAGAUAAAGAAAAAUCUCUAGUACUAUACAGUGUUGGUCAUCACACAAAAGCAGAACUUGGUGCAAUGAUGGAAAGACUAAAAUCGUCCCAACUACAUACUAUUAAUCUCACAAAGAAUGACUUGGUGAAAGAUCAUUUGCGACAUCUGAUGGGAGGCCGAUCAAAUGUCAAAGAUGAGCUACUGUGUCGCUUUGUUUUCCCUGAGAGGCCAGGAGCCGUAGUGAAGUUUUUAGACGCUUUUACUCCACGUUGGAAUAUUAGUCUCUUCCAUUACCGCGGACAGGGGGAAACUGGUGCUAAUGUGUUGGUUGGCAUCCAAGUCUCUGAUGCUGAGAUGGGAGAGUUUCGGGAGCGUGCAAAUAGUCUUGGUUACGAGUAUGAAAUGGAAACUGAAAAUGAGGCUUUCCAGCUUCUGAUGCGUUGAACAUACAGGCGACUUAUCUUGUCAGGUUUAUAAGUUGUCAAAAAUGAACUGUUUAUAGUUCAAUAAUUAUGAAGAGUAUGAGGCGACUUGUUUAUUUGUGUAUCAAAAUAUGACAAUGCAAUGAGUGAUGCUCUCACAUCAAGGUCUAUAACUAAUAAACAAAAUCAAAUUAAUAGUUUAA